AUGGCCGACGCAAGCAAGGAAACGCCGCUCAAGGCGGUGCAAAUCGAGGCGCUGGUGGUCAUGAAGAUCAUCAAGCACUCCAGCCAGUCUUUCCCCACCACGGCGACGGGAUUCCUUGUGGGAAUGGAGGCGUCCGGCACACUCCAGGUCACCAACUCGUUCCCCUUCCCCACCGUGGACGCCCCAGCUUCCGAUGGCCACCAGGACUCUUCAUCGAACCUCGCUGCGGCCGCGCCGCGCGCAAAGUCCAAUGUCGCCUACCAGAAUGAGAUGAUCAAGUACCUCCGGGAGGUCAACGUCGACGCGAACAAUGUGGGCUGGUACACGAGCACGAGCAUGGGCAACUUCGUCAAUGUCAACACGAUUGAGAACCAAUUUUUCUACCAGAAGGAGUUGAACGAGAAGACCGUUGCUCUCGUUCAUGACGUGAGCCGUAGCUCUCAGGGCAGCCUCAGCCUCCGCGCUUACAGGCUCUCGCCUUCGUUCGUCGCUGCAUACAAGGAGGGAAAAUUCACAACCGAUAGCCUCCAAAAGAGCGGACUCCGCUACCAGGACAUUCUGGUCGAACUUCCUUUGACGAUCCACAACUCCCACCUCCUCACCUCGCUCCUGCACCAAUUGCCUGCCGAUGCUCCCAAGGAAGAGCUCGCUUUCCCACCCAACCUAGCCGCUCUGCAGCAGGACCCCAACACCCCCAACCCACCGCUGUACCCCAACUUCGACUCCCUGGACCUCUCCAUCGACCCCUUCCUCGAGAAGAGCUGCGAUCUCCUCCUCGAGAGCAUCGAGAACCACCACACAGAACUCAACAACCACCAAUACUACCAGCGAUCAUUGGCUCGUGAGCAGGCCAAGAUCACCGCAUGGCAGCAGAAGCGAAAGGCAGAGAACGCCGCCCGCGCCGCCUCGAAACAGGCUGCGCUGCCGGAAGACGAGUGGCAGAGGCUUUUCAAGCUGCCCCAGGAGCCGAGCAGGUUAGAGACUCUGCUCAACUCCCGGCAGGUGGAGCAGUACGCAAGGCAGGUGGAUGGAUUCGCGGCUGGUGUCAGCACCAAGAUGUUUGCUGUGAGGAGCAACUUGAUGCCCGGAGAGUAA